ACAAAAUGCCCACUAAGGCCAAUCUGUCCUCCCCUCUCCUUGGCUUGCUUUGCUUUCCCCUUUAUCCCCCGCAGGUAGCUGCCAUGCCAUGCUUUGAGUAAUUGCUAAGGCCGUUUCAGACAGCCGGGUACAUGGCAUGGCACCAGUAGUGAGUGGUACAUGAUAUCAAUAUAUAUGUAUAGGAUACCCAACCAUCACUACUACUACCAGUUCACCAGCAAACCUAACCCAAGCAACCAACAAGUCUCUCUCGGUAGGCUUGGUGUGGCGAUGAGCACGGCGAGGUUCAUCAAGUGCGUCACCGUCGGCGACGGCGCCGUCGGGAAGACCUGCAUGCUCAUCUCCUACACCAGCAACACUUUCCCCACGGAUUAUGUGCCCACGGUUUUCGACAACUUCAGCGCCAACGUGGUCGUCGACGGCAACACGGUGAACCUUGGGCUCUGGGACACUGCUGGACAGGAGGACUACAACAGGCUGAGGCCUCUCAGCUACAGAGGGGCUGAUGUCUUUCUAUUAGCAUUUUCCCUCAUCAGCAAAGCGAGCUAUGAGAAUAUUCACAAGAAGUGGAUACCAGAGCUGAGGCAUUAUGCUCCUAAUGUGCCAAUCGUAUUAGUUGGGACAAAGCUUGACUUGCGUGAGGACAAGCAGUUCUUCCUGGACCACCCGGGUUUAGCACCUAUUUCCACUGCACAGGGGGAGGAGCUGAAGAGGAUGAUAGGUGCCGCGGCGUACAUCGAGUGCAGCUCCAAGACGCAGCAGAAUGUGAAGUCUGUAUUCGACUCUGCAAUCAAGGUGGUGCUUUGCCCGCCGAAGCCGAAGAAGAAGAGCACCAGGAAGCAGAGGAGCUGCUGGAUCCUAUGAGUGAUGAAACAGCAGGAUGAAGCAUUCUGCAGGAAACCUGUAUUUUUUUUUACUGUGUGGUGUCAUGUUUGUGUGUUGCACAUAGAUGCAGUUUGGGUUAAAAGUUUUGCUGGGUCUGAAUGUUCAGCUCAGUGUUUCUUGAGUACCUCUGAUGAUUCUUACAAAAGUGUUCCUUGGUUGGUUCAGAUAUAUAUUAUCAAUUAUUAUUUA